AUGGGUGGUGUAUGGAAGGAUAAUCCUACUAAGGUUGCUGAUGCCUUUCUACAUUAUUACAAGCAGCUUUUGGGGAGUAAUCAUGAGUCUAGAACUCUAGUUUUGAAAAAGGUGGUGCAGUUAGGUCCUGUGUGCCAAGCGCACCACAAAGAAAUUCUGAAUGCAAAUUACACUGCAGAUGAAGUUAGGGCUGCUCUUUUCUCUAUUCCAGGAGCCAAGGCACCUGGUCCAGAUGGUUUUGGCAUUACAUACAAGAUUCUCUCCUUUACAGAUUGCUUGAUCUUACUCACCACAUGCUGCACAGUUGGGACAGAAGCAUUCCAGAAACUGCUGUUUCUACUUUGCCAAAUGAAGUACACUGCUGCUGCCAAGUGCCAUAAUACAUCUGCUACUGUAAGGACAAUUAAAGAACAGAUGAGAGUGUUCCUCAUCAUACUGACCACAGAGAAGACAGGUUGCAGAGUUGGAAAUUCCAAUUCUUGCCAGUUUUGCAGUGGAGAUGAAGUUGUUGCUGUUGUUCUCUGCAACAUGGAUCUGGUGAGACAGUAUGGAAGAAAGGGAGUGAAACCUAUUUGUCUCAUGAAAAUUGAUUUACAAAAAGCAUAUGACACAGUUAAUUGGCAGUUUCUCCAGGAAAUGUUAGAGCACUUGGAUUUUCUACAACACUUUGUGAAUUUGGUCAUGCAAUGUGUUUCCACCCCCAUGUUCUCUCUGAUGUUCAAUGGUUCCAUGCAUGGGUUCUUUAAAUCUAAGAGGGGGUUGAGAUAG